AUGGGCAAGCACGCUCCUGAUAAAGAAUUCCAGAGCCAGGCUCAAACUUCGGCUGUCCUUCCUCCAGCCGGAAAUGACGGCAGGACGCGAACCCCCCAGAUCGCUUCUCCACCGAAGGAAGCAAGACCAGACCAGCCCUCCACAACCCCGGUGAGUAUAGGUCAGACCAGAAGUGCAUCAUUGGACCAUUAUUGGGUCCUGAAUGGCGAAAGGAGGAGAAGCAAGCCAACUGUCCGCGAGGGUCAUGUCGACCCCGGAAGUGUGUUUGACUCGGAAUGGUGUGCGAGUCUGGAGCUGCAAGGCAGGCCAGCGAAGGCGCUGAGGCAGCAAAACGGGCGAAUGGCCGAACGGUUUUUCCUGGGGAGCCAAUCACGGGACGUGAUUUGGGAGUGCAAAGAAUGCAAAGCCGGCUGUUCGCCCGCCUUCAUUUGCCGGUUUCCAACAUUGUUUGUUCACGCCGUCUUUUCUCCACUGUUUCCGUCUUCGCUUCUCUCGCCCUCCUCGCGCGGCAAACGCCUGCCCGUCCCAUUGCCGAAUGCCCUUCCAUAA